AUGACCUCCUUAUAUUCCUCAUGCUUGUUUAACCUCUCGAGCCCAUUGACGAAAACAUCCCUUCAACACAUCAGGACUGUCCUUACAACUCAAAACAAGACUUACGCAACACCAAAGGCGUCGGGGAAUGCAGCGGUACUAAUACCUCUAUGCAACGUCAACAACAAGCCGGGUAUCCUCUUCCAGGUCAGAGGAAAGUCGCUCAGAGCACAUUCAGGAGAGGUAGGCUUUCCUGGCGGACGAGCUGAUCUUACUGAUACAAGCCACCUCCAUACUGCGCUUCGAGAGACCUAUGAAGAGCUAGGAAUAUUACCUGAAAGAGUCGAGAUGCUAGGAGAGAUCGGUCCACCAGAAAUCAAUUUACGUGGCGACAUGGUAGUCUGGCCUUUCGUUGGUUUUGUGCAUAGCGCCACCUCAUGUUCAAUGACCUUGACCGACGACGAACCCCUUCCUUCAUGUGAUCUCGCGUCUUUAAGAGCCGCCGCAUCCCGAGCAGAGGUCGAUUUUGUCUUCCAUCUCCCGUUCUCAGAUUUAACUCUUCCUCACCGUUUACGAUCAUCCUUGUUCAGAGGAAAUAGACCAUACUGGACCGUGGGGGUAUCAGACAUUGUAGAAGAUGGCACAAUAGGCAAUGGAAGCCUUGAUGGCGAGAGGAAUGGGGUGAUUCAAGAGGAUGAUAGCGAAAUAGGACCUGGUCGUUACGGACAUCUAGAGGUAUGGGGUUUAACGGGUUGGUAUCUUAAUUUGCUCAUGAGAAGACUAAAAAUGUAUCAGUGA